GCUCUUCCACCUCACAAACAGUCCAGUUAUCUGCUGUGAGGUGCACUUGUCUCACCUUGUAGACUUAUCUCGAACAAAUAUUCUCAAUUAAUAUCGUAAAGGACAACAACAUGGCGACACGACGAGCAAAACGUGGAGCUGUUGUUCAGGAAAUGACUCCUGUGAAUCUGGAGGAAACAUCCAGACGAUCGUCCCGGACUGCUCUGGCACCGAAACGCCUCCAGUACUCUCCUGAAGACAGCACAGCUGAGACGACCCAGAAGAAAAGGAAAACACAAACCCACGUCGAGGAAAUCGUCCAGAAUAAAAGACAAAUUAAGGAUGAAGAGGAUGUUGAAAACAGUGAUGUGGACCUUGCAUCUGACGGACAUGGAGGCCUUUCUGCCUAUGAGCUGGAGCGCCUGGAGAACAUCAGACAGAACCAAGCAUUUCUCUCCUCGAUCAACUUAUUCCAGGCAACUGAGGAGUUCAAGAAGCUGACACGACCAAAGCCUUCACAGAGGGGUCUCAUGAGGUCACAAGCUGCUGUAAAACAAGUGCUGCCACCUCGCAAAUCCCUGCGUCUCCAAAAUAAAGAGGCAGAAGUCUUGACACUUCCUCCUGAACCCAGAGGGAACCUUAUCUUUGAACAGUCUACUCCAGCUAAGAAGCCUGCUGGUCCUCUGCCCAUGGAUCCAGUCAACAUGGAAGAGGGACAUAAGCUGCCUUCACAGCUUCUUAAGCUCUGCUCUGAGGACUCAACAGAAGACAGAAAACUGAAGCUUGAUCUCAAAGAGUACCGAUCCGUACUUAAAAACAUGAAGAUAACGGAAGACAAAGUAGCCAAAGUGGUGAAGGAUCGCAUCUUCUCUGCAGCCUUCCACCCGUGCACCAGCAGCCUGUUGAUGGCCGCAGGAGACAAGUGGGGGAAAGUGGGACUCUGGAAGUUGGGUGGUGACUGGGGCGAUGAUGGUGUGCUGCUCUUUGAGCCCCACACUCGUCCGGUGGGCUGCAUGGCCUUCUCCACUGCUCAUCCCACCCAGCUGCUGAGCCUCAGCUAUGACGGAUCUCUGCGCUGCAUGGAUAUAGAGAAGGCUGUUUUUGAUGACGUGUAUGAUAUUGAAGAUGGCCUGAAAACUUUUGACUUCAUGUCACAUGACUGCGUGACGCUAGUGGUUGGGAACUGGUAUGGAGAGGUUGCAAUCGUUGAUCGACGCACCCCAGGAAAUUCCCAUGAGUCCCUCCACUCACUGGACCCAAAGGUUUUGCGCUGUGUUAGUGUCCACCCUUUACAGAAGCAGUACUUUGCAGUGGCAGAAAGCAGGGUAGUGAGUAUUUAUGACAGCCGGUGCCUGAAGAAGAAAAAAAGCGAGGCAGUCUCCCAGCUGCACGGCCACUCUUUGAGCAUAUCCAGCGCUUAUUUCUCCCCUAUUACCGGGAACAGAGUUCUUACCUCCUGUAUGGAUGACAACAUAAGGAUAUAUGACACAUCUGCAAUGACUACUAAAUCUCCCUUGCUGACAUCCAUCAGACAUGACAUGCACACAGGCCGCUGGUUGACCAAACUAUCAGCAGUUUGGGACCCCAAACAGGAAGACUGCUUUGUGGUGGGGAGCAUGAUGAAGCCCCGGAGGGUGCGGGUGUUCCAUGAAAGCGGCCAACCUCAGCAUUCCUUCAUGGACAACGAGAACCUUAGCACAGUGCUGUCCGUCACUGCUUUCCACCCCACAAGGAAUGCCUUGCUGGGCGGCAAUGCAUCAGGGCGCCUGCACAUCUUUUCCAGCUAAAGUAAAGACCAAAGUGUUGGACCAGCUGGCUUCAGCAGGGUAGGAAGAACAAGUAGAAAAUUUGGUCAUAGUCAGGGUGUGCAACCCCAACAAUGCAGAGGGAGUCUUCACUUUUGUCACCACUUUACAAGAGUGACAAUAUAGUCCCUUGCUUUCUUCCAGUCACUUUCUCCAUAGAACAUUUCGCUCAGUAACAUUCCUAUAGUGUAUUAAAAUAACGUGUCUCAAGUCACUAGUCAUGUUCAUAGAGAUGUUGCACUUAGAGUUACAGUACAAACAUUCAAUAUGCUGUGAGGUAACACAGUAUCGGUAACAAAGCAGCAGAAUUGUCUUCACUUGCCACAGAAACCCCUGCACUUAUUCCUACUUUGGGUAGGUAGUGUCAGAGUGUAGGUGUAUUUUACUGUCCAGCUGUGAAAAAAUGUUCACACCUUUUUGUAUUUUUUUUUUCAUGUUUUCCUCUUUUACAAUAUUGCAUCAGUGUGUUCUGGCU